AUGAUUUGGAAAAAUUGUGGUAGGAUAUCAGGAACAAGAAAUUUCGCCUAUAUUGCGACGGAUAAGCGUGAAGAGGUCAUCGGACAAGACACAGGACACAAAACAGAUUUAGAAAAUAUUGGGGUUUUGAGGCGAGGACUAGGGUCAACGCCACAGACACUGAUGGCUGAGGCGGUAGAAAUCGCCAAGCAUCCCAUCUUUAAUAGAAGGUGUGGAACUGGCAAGCGUAUGGAGAACGGUUUUGGAUCAGUUGUGCUGACGCGUUAUAAAAUCAACGAGACUGUAGAUAAAUACAUGCAUUUCUCACCUGUUCCCGAGGUUCGCCGCGACACGAGGAAAAAACGGUUGAUUGAUAACGCCAAAUACGGGGAGUCUGCUUGUGCGGUUGAACAGUCCAAUCAGGACCGUGACAUUACCCAAGGUCCCAGAGAUGCGGUAACGAAAGACGAUCUUGCAGAUGAGUCAGCAGAGGUAGCAUACAAAUUCGUCUAUCUGGGUAGCUGUGUCAGUCCCGGUGGUCUAGCUAAGUAUGAUAUUUCCAUUAGGGUCUGGGAGGCUAAGGCGACCCUGCAUCACUCGUGGCACAGAUGUAACGCCGGCUUAUCUGUCAAGGAUCAAGUAUACGGUGCCGCAAUCAGCUCCAUAUUGUUAUAUGAACCAGAAACUUUGUAG